GGGGGUAUUCCAGAAAGCUUGGUUAACUUACCAUUUGAUAAACUAUAACCUCUGGGUUGAUUUACCCCAAACAGGCAUACCAUGAGUAUGUCGGUUCCAAAACACCUGAGAAGAGUUAGUUUAAUCAACCUCUGACUGGUUACCCAGAGUUAAUGUGCGUGCACGGUGCAUGUAUAAAGACAUUUUCAAUGGAUCGCCGAUUUCACGAGUCACCAUGGAAACUCAAAGCGAAAAAAAGAGAGCGGCGUAUUUCACAGAGGCGGAGUUGGAAGUUUUAAUGCAUGCUUAUGAGGAGUUUAAGCCAAUAAUAUUAAAAAGAAGCAAUACAGCUGCAUCGGCUAAAGCAAGAGAGCUGGCUUGGCAAAAAAUAACGGACAGAGUAAAUGCGUGUAAUCCUUCUGGAGCCACAAGAACUUUAAGCCAAGUCAAAAUGAAACACAAAAACAUUCUGCAAAAAGCUAACAGAAAGAAGACUGAAGCCCGUCUAACUGGCGGGGGGCUACCACCACCUCCCCUCACCCCAUCUGAGGAGCUGGCUCUGUCCCUUAAUAAAGGGCGACCAGUGGUUGCUGGCAUUCCAGGGGGCAGUUCAUCACACAUACUAUGCACCACAAGUGAUGGUGAAAAAAGGGUGACAUAUACUGAUGGACGGAUUGUAUUAUUGGACUCUCCAGAAAGAACACAGUCUGUCACAGUUGAUGAAGAUGAUGAUGACGAUGAAGAGACCACAUCUGCUGUGACAGAAGUGGACAAUGCUGGUAGAUCCACUGAGUACAUACCUAGGGAUUUGCCCACUGAUGAGGGUCCUUCAGCCUCAGCACACAAUCUAAGCAGGUUGCCAGCAAAGGAGCUGUAUAAGGUCCAUCUUCAAAAACAAAUAAGAAAAAGUGACAUGGAGAAGGACCUUAUACAGCUUCAAAUGGAAGAGAAAAGGCUCCUCAUUAAAAAAGCAGCACUUGAAAUAGAAUUACUUGAGAAUCGCCUUAAGGAAAUGAAGAAAUAAACUGCCUGGCAGACCAGUGCAAAAAAAACUAAUAAAAGUAAUUUUGACAAA